AGCAGGACCACACCUGUGGGACUCUGGCUGCAGGAGCUGCUCCGUGCUGCUCUCCCUUCCCUUCCAGCGCCUCAAAGUUCUGCCUGAGGCAUGGGGACCAGGGAAUGGAUGCUUUCGACCUUCAUGGGAUGCUGCCUAUGGAUUCUGCAUGGGCUGGGGACCACCGCUGCUGUCCCUGUUACCACAGAGGGACCAUUUGCUGCCACUCCAUCGCAGAGCGAGGCACCCACUGCCCUGCUGCUGGGCACUGUGGGGACAAGAACUGUCAGUGACACCGUGACGGCUGAGAGCAUCCUCGUGAGUGCCAGCGUGAGCCCAUCCUUCCCCUCCUGGGCUGAGCCAGAUUCGGUGACCGAGACCACUGGUUACAACUCCUCUCUGGGUGCAGAGAGAGAUGCAGAGCUGAGCACUGGGGAAGUGACACAGGCGCCUACUGAAGUCCCUCAGGUUGGAACGGAUGUGGCCACAUCUCUUGAUGCAACACAGAAAAAUCAGAGUGGUUUGGCAGCUGCCACAGCUGCUGCCAUUGUUGUCACCCCACAGCCCAACUUUACCCCCAGCACCAAGCACAACGUAACGGGGACCACCACUGCUGCACCCUCGGGGAGCACCCCUAUCUUUGCAGAUGUCCCAGCAUCCACAACAAGGGCAGGAGGUGGCUUGGAGUCCACAACUGAUGCCAUGUUCCUCCCCAGUGUCACCAUUCCUACAGCUGCAGGGACACAGGCGCUGACCACCACCCCCCUGCACCCCGGUGUCACUGCUCUGCCCCCAGCUGCGGGAGCAGAGGUAGAAGGUGUCACCCUGCCUGGGGAUAGCAUAGGGGAUGGACGUGCUCUCUCAUCAAUCCCCAGCCCUGGUGCCACUGGGUUUCUCCCAACACCGUGGACCAAGGUUGUGAGUGGAACCGUGGGUGACACCCCAGGGUGGGCAGCUUUGGAGUCCGGAGAUUUGGGAGACGCAGCAAAUGGUGUCUUCAGCACAGCUGAUACAUCACAACUGCCUCCAGAGAGUGUGGCAGCAUUGGAAACAGCAGAAAACCCAGGACAGAGCUCCCUUCUCACCGAUCAGGCAGGACCGAGCCCUGCUAAUUUGCUAGGACCUGGUGAUGGGGACAAGCAGGGGGCCCCAACACUGUUGCUAUCUGGCCCUGGCUCAGCCCUGUCAGACAGUGAGGCACCUGCAGCACCUGGGGUGAGAGGGGACACAGCCACUCUGCUGCCAGGCACCGAGGUGCAGAGAGAUGCAGACGUCCCAGAUGCAGGCACUGGCGUGCCCCUGUCCACAGAGGCUGUAAAUCUAGCCAAAAGCUCCCAGCAGCCAGCCCCAUGGCUGAGCCCCACCAGAGAAGCCCAAUCACUGCUUGGUGCUGAUCCAUCAGCCCCUACAGGCACUUCUGGUGCACCCAGCACUGCUUUCCCACCCCCAGGGGUUGCAGCUGGAUCCCUUCUGCAAACUAAUGAUGGCACAGAGGCAAUGGUGAGCCCUGACUACGGUGCUGAUCUAGGAGUAUCUCUAUCUCCAUUCCUAGAGGAGUCACAACCAUGGGGGACAGCAACUGACAGACCCAGCACCAGUCUGAACUCAGCUUUGGGUGCCACCAACCCAUCAUCUUCUGCACCUGAUGGCACAACAUUGCCUGCUGCAGGGCAACAGGCAGAGGGGAGCACAGGAGCAGGGGGUACAACACAGGCAGAAGAUGCAGGAGAUGGCAGCCCCUAUGCGAACAUCCAGAGUGACACGAGUCCUGCAGCCAGCAGCAUCCAGCAGGGCCCCACUGACAACACACCAGGAGCUGUGCCACACACCGAGCUGUCUCCUGCCCCUGCUGCUGGGGAAGGAGCCCUGGCACCAGCACUGUCCCCAAGUGGUCCUACAGCUCCUGGCCAUGACCUCUCUGGAGCUGGAGGAUCAGGACCCCUGCCCAUUGAGGCCCUUGGUGCCCCUGGUGCUGCUCUCCCACCUGCAGCUGCUGUGGAUGGUGCUGUGUUUGAGGCCAACAAUGGAGCAGAGGCAGCAGUGAGUCCCGACCUCGGUGUUGCCCCAGGAGAACCUGUGUCCUCAUCCCUUGAUGUAUUACAGCCAUGGGACACAGCAGCUGGUGCUCCUGUGGACACAGCUCUCCCUGGGGCUGAAGGACCAGACACUGGCAUCGAUUCAGCAUUGAAUACCCCCAGCUCAGCAUCAUCUGGACCUGUGGGCCCACCAUCACCUGACAUUGGAGCGCAGCCUGGCACAGGUCUGACAGCGCUGGGAGGAGUGAGCAGUGCAGCUGCAUUUGAGCCAUCCCUAAGCUCCUCUCCAGUAGCUGGACUUGCAACUGGAACAGGUCUUCUGCCUGGUACUGAGUCCUCACCCAACUCUGCCUCCCACAGUGGCAUCCUUGCAAUUCCCUCUAUCUCAGACAGUGAUGGAGCAGCUGCACCCAUCCCAGCAGCAGCUCCUGGCUCUGCCGUCCCAUCCCAGGUCUCUGCAUAUGGCCCAGAGCUCACAGUGGCACAAGGGAUCAACAGCGCAGGUGGUAUGGCACAGGCAGAAAUCCCAGAGAGCCAAAAUCCUUACACAGACACAAGCCCUGCAGCCAGCAGCAUCCAGCAGGGUCCCACUGACAACACACCAGGAGCUGUGCUCCAUACUGAACUGUCUCCUGCCCCAGCUCCUGGGGAAGGAGAGCUGGAACCAGCACUGUCCCCAAAUAGUCCUGCAGCUCCCAGCCACGACCUGUUUGGGGAUGGAGGAUCAGGACCCCUGCCCAUUGAGGCCCUUGGUGCCCCUGGUGCUGCUCUCCCACCUGCAGCUGCUGUGGAUGGUGCUGUGUUUGAGGCCAACAAUGGAGCAGAGGCAGCAGUGAGUCCCGACCUUGGUGCUGCCCCCGAAGCACCUGUAUCCCCAUCCCUCAGUGCAUCACAGCCAUGGGACACAGCAGCUGGUGCUCCCGAAGACACAGCUCUCCCUGGGGCUGAGGGACCAGACACUGGCAUCAAUUCAGCAUUGAAUACCCCCAGCUCAGCAUCAUCUGGACCUGUGGGCCCACCAUCUCCCAGCUUUGGCAUACAGCCUGGCACAGGUCUGGGGAUGCCAGCAGUUGAUGGACCUGACACCAGCUUGAGUUCAGCUUUGGGUGCCACCAACCCAUCAUCUUCUGCACCUGAUGGCACAACAUUGCCUGCUGCAGGGCAACAGGCAGAGGGGAGCACAGGAGCAGGGGGUACAACACAGGCAGAAGAUGCAGGAGAUGGCAGCCCCUAUGCGAACAUCCAGAGUGACACGAGUCCUGCAGCCACCAGCAUCCAGCAGGGCCCCACUGACAACACACCAGGAGCUGUGCCACACACCGAGCUGUCUCCUGCCCCUGCUGCUGGGGAAGGAGCCCUGGCACCAGCACUGUCCCCAAGUGGUCCUACAGCUCCUGGCCACGACCUCUCUGGAGCUGGAGGAUCAGGACCCCUGCCCAUUGAGGCCCUUGGUGCCCCUGGUGCUGCUCUCCCACCUGCAGCUGCUGUGGAUGGUGCUGUGUUUGAGGCCAACAAUGGAGCAGAGGCAGCAGUGAGUCCCGACCUCGGUGCUGCCCCAGGAGAACCUGCAUCCUCAUCCCUUGAUGUAUUACAGCCAUGGGACACAGCAGCUGGUGCUCCUGUAGACACAACUCUCCCUGGGGCUGAGGGACCAGACACUGGCACCAAUUCAGCAUUGAAUACCCCCAGCUCAGCAUCAUCUGGACCUGUGGGCCCACCAUCACCUGACAUUGGAGCGCAGCCUGGCACAGGUCCGACAGCGCUGGGAGGAGUGAGCAGUGCAGCUGCAUUUGAGCCAUCCCUAAGCUCCUCUCCAGUAGCUGGACUUGCAACUGGAACAGGUCUUCUGCCUGGUACUGGAGCAGAGGCAGCAGUGAGUCCUGACCUCGGUGCUGCCCCUGAAGCACCUGUAUCCCCAUCCCUCAGUGCAUCACAGCCAUGGGACACAGCAGUCGGUGCUCCUGAGGACACAGCUCUCCCUGGGGCUGAGGGACCAAGCAGUGGAUUUAGUUCAGUGCUGGCUGCCCCUAGCUCAGCAUCAUAUGGACCUGAAGGGCCACCAUCUCCUGGCAUUGGAGCGCAGCCUGGCACAGGUCUGACAGCGCUGGGAGCAGAGGGGCAGGUGCUGGGAGGAGUGAGCAGUGCAGCUAUAUUUGAGCCAUCUCCGAGCUCCUCACCAGGCACUGGGCUGAAGGCUGGAACGGACCUGCUGCCUGCUGCUCUGUCCCCAUCGGGUCCUGCCUCCCCCAGUGAUGCGCUCACAGCUCCCUCUGCUUCAGAUACAGCUGGUCCAAGUGUCUUGGGAGGAGCAGGUGGUGCUCCCAGUGCUCUGCAGCCCUCCCUGGUUGCUGCACCCGGGCUCCAUUCUGCUGCAGGAGGAGUGCGUGAUGGAGCUGAGGCUGUCUCUGCAGAUAGAGAAGCUCCAGGGCAGUCUCAGGACCAAACUGGGACAGGAGCAGCUGUAGCCUCUAGUGGAAGGCAGGGAUCUACACUGAUCUCUAUAUCUUCCUCCCCAUCUGCUGAUGGAUCUUCAUUACCUCAAGCAGCUGCUGGAGCAGAUACAGGAGCAGGCAUCCCCAGAGCUGGUGGAGCUGGCUCAAGCUCAGGCUCUGGGGCUGCUGCUCUCCAGAGCAACAAGGAAAUACCCAUCCUUCCUCCCACCAUCCAAAGCAAUGCCAAUGUCGGACCUCCUGAUGCCAAACUCAGCCAAGUCAACGUGGUGGAGCUGGCUGGAGGCAAACUGGAAGCCUCAGCCCAGGGGUCACCUCCUGCCAGUGGGGGAAACGCGCUGGGAACUGUCAUCCAGAUCACCUCGGGAGUGUCAUCCCCCUCCAUCCCCACCUCACCCCAGGAGACACAGCCCCUGGUCCCAGUGGCUCCAGCUGCCUCCAGCCCAUUGAUGGUGGCUGCGUCUGCCUCUGCCAGGGGGGUUGGGGGCAUCUCAGUUCCCAACGCAGGCCCCGCCUCUGCCUCCAGUGCCCAGAGUGGGAGCAGACCCCCAGCAGUGCCACGGCCCCCUGUGGACGAGAUGGCUUCUGGGAUGCUGGCUCCACUGGGAGAAGAGCUCCAACCUGCCCCUAAUGCUGCCCCAGCUCUGCCUUCUGCAUCCGAAAGAGAAAACCUAAAGGAGGGAGCAGCCACCAGUCCCCAGCUCUCCUCUCUGAUUUCAGCAAUCCCAGCGGUGCCCCUCUAUAGGUAUGGAGUGAGAGAGAAUGACCACGAAUAUGUGCAAAGGAGAGUGGACUUCAAUUCCCCACUUUUCAAGCCCGAGAUCGGAUUCCCGUUUGGGAAAACCCUGCGUGAUUCUCUCUACUUCACAGACAACGGGCAGAUCAUCUUCCCAGCCUCCGACAGCAGCAUCUUCACACUCCCCAACCCGCCUGCCCGUGGAUUCACCGGCCACGAGAGUGUUCCUAUGAUCGCCGUGUUCUGGGACAAUGCUGACUUCUCCAGGGGCACUGGCACCACCUUCUACCAGGAGUUCCUCACCCUGAACUCAGAGAAGCCACCAUUCAUCCGUGACGUGGAAGCGAAGGUCCGGCACUACCUGAGGUCCUCCUACUCCGCAGCCUGGACCCUGAAGAUCACCUGGGAGAAGGCACCUGCCUAUGGGGCACGUGGUGACAGCCGCAGGACAAACACAUACCAGGCUGUCCUCACCACUGAUGGCUUCAGGUCCUAUGUCCUGAUUCUGUACAAGGAUGGAGGAAUGCAGUGGGACUACACCCAGCUGCCGGCCACCAAUGUGCUGAUCGGCUACACCAGUGGGGAUGGGCAUUACCGCAAUGAUGACCUGACCCAAGGAUCUCCAGCUGCAAAAUAUCGCCCUGAUCGCUACAGAGGCUACAAUACAGAUCUUCGUGGGCUGUGGCUGUACAAGCUGGAGAGCCGUGUGGGCAUCAACUACCGCCUGAAGUGCCUGGCGUGGACGGGGCAGCAGCAGGAGCCGCAGGAAUGGAGCCACGACCUGCCUGCCUGCCCCUGCUCCCUGCAGCAAGGCCAGCAGGACCGGCGCUUCAGGAGUGGCCAUGGAGGCUGGGGGUCUGCUCGUGUCUCCAUGCUGCACUCUGCUUCGCCCAACUCACACGGUGCUGGUGUGCGCUGCCUGUACGAUGGCCGGGGGCAGCUGGUGGAGGGGCGGCAGGAGAGAUACUGGAGGGCGUACCGACAGGCAUCCCCGUAUCGUGACCAGGAGCUGAAGCUGUAUGAUUGGUGCUGCAACCAAGCAGGGAGCGCUCGCCUCUGUGCCCGCUACAACGAGAAGAGACCACGGAUUGGAUGCGAUGGGUACCGGGCACACAGUGCAGAGGAUUCCUCAGAAGACAGCGACUCGAAGGAGCAGAGAGAUGAGGAGGAGGAGUAACUUGCGGGUCACAUACACACAACACACUCUGGGCCGUGGAUGAUCCUCCAAACCCUUCACUUCCAUUUGUAGCCUAUGUGUCCCCUGCAUUCCUCUGCUCCCUCAAUGAUGGAACAGGCACUGUCACCAUGUUCCUUGCCCCUGCUCUCCUGCCUGAGGCUGGCACUACACGGGAUUUUGGCCCCCAGCAUCUGGGCCUUCACACCUUGCAUUGGUUCAACCCUGUGAUUGGAAAUAAUAAGAGAAAAAUAAUAUUGUGUGCGUGAGAACACCUGAAUUCUUGCAAAAGCACCAAAGUUCUUGUCAGGUUGCAUUCCUUCAAUAAAGCAUCAGAGGGUCUGAGCAUCA